CCAGAUAUAGUGAAUGCAGGGUCCGGGGAGACCAGAUAUAGUGAAUGCAGGGUCCGGGGAGAGCGGAUAUAGUGAAUGCAGGGUCGGGGAGCAGCAGAUAUAGUGAAUGCAGGGUCCGGGGAGACCGGAUAUAAUGAAUGCAGGGUCCGGGGAGAGCGGAUAUAGUGAAUGCAGGGUCCGGGGAGACCGGAUAUAGUGAAUGCAGGGUCCGGGGAGAGCGGAUAUAGUGAAUGCAGGGUCCGGGGGAGACGGAUAUAGUGAAUGCAGGGUCGGGGAGACCAGAUAUAGUGAAUGCAGGGUCCGGGGAGACGGAUAUAGUGAAUGCAGGGUCCGGGGAGAGCGGAUAUAGUGAUUGCAGGGUCCUGGGGAGACCAGAUAUAGUGAAUGCAGGGUCC